GCCUCGGCGGGCGGGCGGGGGCGGAGGCGGGGGCGGCGGGAGGCGGAGACGGGUGAGGGCGGCCCGGACCCCCCCACAUGGACCGGCCCCGCCGCCUCGGGCCACUCGGCCGCGCUCGUGUGCGGGGUUCCCGGCCGGGCGCGGGGCUGCGGGUGCGGGCGGCGCGGGCCCAGGGGCUCUUACCAUGGGGGGGGUUCCGGCGUCCCAGCCGGCGGCGCGCUGGAGUCCGGCCCCCUCCCCCCGGUCCUCCCCCCGGGCCCAGCUCGGGGUGCCGCGCCUGGGCCUCCAGCGGGGUCCCCCGAGUCGGGGCGCCGGCCCGCGCGGCCUCCCGCACGUAUUGUUCGCGGCGCUAAUGGCGGCCGAGGCUGCGGGGAGGGGGGUGGCGGGGGCGCGGGGCCUGGUGCGCGGGCCGGGGGUGCUCCCCGCGGCGGAGGGGUCCCCCCAGCGGUCCCGGGGAGGGGGUGCAAGGCGGGGGGCUGGGAGGGAGGGGCCCCGGGGCCGGCGUCGAGGAGCGCCCUUCCCCCUCCUGUGGGGCUUCGGGGAGCCCACCUUAGCCGCCCGGAUUUCUCUUCACAUGGGUCCCAGCCCCCCAGUACCCAUCCCGCGCCCUUUUGCUCCACUUCCCGCAGGAGCGAGUGCGGGUCUCCAGGUGGGGAGCGAUCAUAAUAGCAGGGCCCAUCUCCCCUCGCCACCCGGCCCUGCUCUGCCUCCUCCUGGUGGAAAUAGCGCAGUGCUCCCUCUCUGCGAGGUGGUCCUGAUGCAUAUUUUUUUCUUUCCUUCUCUCCUCCAGGACCCAGGAUCGUCUGCAACUCUCUCUGGCGCACCUUGGGCCGCGAGUGAGGACGAGAACACCCCUCACCCCCACCCUCUCUUUAGCACUGCUAAACUCUGGCUUAAGGUGGUGUGGAGGAUUGAACCAAGGAACUUCAGAGCCCUCAGACCCUUUGGCAUGGACACAGGCUCAGUGGGAGGACUAGAACUGACUGAGCAGAAUCCUGUCUUAUUAGGAAGUACGGCCAUGGCAACUAGCCUCACGAAUGUAGGAAAUUCAUUUAGCAGUCCACCUAAUUCUUUAGUAUCCAGAUCGAAUAAAUUUCAGAACUUAUCAGUAGAAGAUGAUGAUGAUGUUGUUUUUAUUGAACCUGUACAACCCCCCCCACCUCCUGCACCAGUGGUGGCUGAUCAGAGAACUAUAACAUUUACAUCAUCAAAAAAUGAAGAACUGCAAGGAAGUGAUUCCAAGAUUCUUCCUGCCUCGAAAGAGUUGACUUCUCAGAAGGGAAGUAUAAGUGAGACAAUUGUCAUCGAUGAUGAAGAGGACAUGGAGACAAACCAAGUUCAAGAGAAAAGUCCCUCUAACUUUACUGAACAGAGACCCUCUGAGACUAAAAACAGAACCAAUGAUGUGGAUUUCCCCACUUCCAGUCUUUCAAGAAGUAAGGUAAAUGCAGGAAUGGGUAGUAGUGGCAUCACCACAGAACCAGACUCUGAAAUUCAGAUAGCUAAUGUCACAACCUUAGAGACAGGUGUGAGCUCUGUGAAUGAUGGCCAGUUAGAGAACACUGAUGGGCGAGAUAUGAACUUGAUGAUUACCCAUGUAACGUCACUGCAGAAUACCAACUUGGGAGAUGUCUCUAAUGGACUGCAGUCAAGUAACUUUGGUGUUAAUGUACAAACAUACACCCCGUCUUUAACUUCACAGACCAAGACUGGAGUAGGGCCUUUUAAUCCUGGUAGGAUGAGUGUGACAGGAGAUGUAUUUCAGAAUGGAGAAUCUACCACUCAUCAUAAUCCUGAUUCUUGGAUCUCCCAGUCAGCAUCAUUUCCCCGAAAUCAGAAACAACCCGGGGUGGACUCUUUAUCACCAGUGGCCUCACUUCCUAAACAGAUUUUCCAGCCUUCUACCCAACAACAGCCCAACAAGCCUGUGAAAGUCACUUGUGCAAACUGCAAGAAGCCUUUACAGAAAGGACAGACUGCUUAUCAGCGAAAAGGAUCUGCUCACCUUUUUUGUUCCACCACCUGCCUUUCCUCUUUUUCUCAUAAGCCUGCUCCAAAGAAACUCUGUGUCAUGUGUAAAAAAGAUAUAACUACAAUGAAAGGAACCAUUGUUGCUCAAGUGGAUUCAAGCGAGUCCUUCCAGGAAUUCUGUAGUACAUCUUGUUUGUCUCUCUAUGAAGACAAGCAGAAUCCUACUAAAGGGGUUCUAAAUAAAUCAAGAUGUACAAUUUGUGGCAAACUAACAGAGAUUCGCCAUGAAGUGAGCUUUAAAAAUAUGACUCAUAAGCUAUGCAGUGACCACUGCUUUAACAGAUACAGGAUGGCCAACGGUUUGAUCAUGAAUUGCUGUGAACAAUGUGGAGAGUACUUGCCCAGCAAAGGUGCUGGGAACAAUGUCCUGGUGAUUGAUGGUCAGCAGAAAAGAUUUUGCUGUCAGAAUUGUGUCAGUGAAUACAAACAGGUAGGUAGCCAUCCAAGCUUCCUGAAGGAGGUUCGAGAUCACAUGCAAGACUCCUACCUAAUGCCACCCGAGAAAUACGGAAAACUGACGACAUGUACUGGUUGUAGAACGCAAUGCAGGUUUUUUGACAUGACUCAGUGUAUAGGUCCUAAUGGAUAUAUGGAGCCAUAUUGUUCAACUGCUUGCAUGAACAGUCACAAGACAAAAUAUGCAAAAUCACAAAGUAUGGGAAUUAUUUGCCAUUUUUGUAAGCGAAACUCUUUACCUCAAUAUCAGGCCACAAUGCCUGAUGGAAAGCUGUAUAACUUUUGCAAUUCCAACUGUGUGGCUAAAUUUCAGGCUCUAAGUAUGCAGUCAUCACCAAAUGGCCAGUAUGUAGCGCCAAGUGAUAUUCAGUUGAAAUGCAACUAUUGUAAAAAUUCCUUUUGUUCAAAGCCAGAAAUCCUGGAAUGGGAGAACAAAGUGCAUCAAUUCUGCAGCAAAACUUGUUCAGAUGACUAUAAGAAGUUGCAUUGCAUAGUUACAUAUUGCGAAUACUGUCAAGAGGAGAAGACUCUUCAUGAAACUGUAAAUUUCUCUGGCGUUAAGAGACCUUUCUGUAGUGAAGGCUGCAAACUGUUGUAUAAACAGGAUUUUGCAAGACGUUUAGGAUUGAGGUGUGUUACAUGCAACUAUUGCUCUCAACUCUGUAAGAAAGGAGCAACUAAAGAGCUUGAUGGUAUUGUGAGAGAUUUCUGUAGUGAAGACUGCUGUAAAAAAUUUCAGGAUUGGUACUAUAAGGCUGCAAGGUGUGACUGUUGUAAAUCUCAAGGAACUCUUAAAGAAAGAGUGCAGUGGCGUGGGGAAAUGAAACACUUCUGUGAUCAGCACUGCUUACUACGUUUCUACUGUCAGCAAAAUGAGCCCAAUAUGACAACUCAGAAAGGACCUGAAAACUUACAUUAUGACCAGGGUUGCCAGACAUCCCGAACCAAAAUGACAGGUUCUGCACCACCCCCUUCUCCAACACCUAACAAAGAAAUGAAAAACAAAGCAGUUCUUUGUAAACCUCUAACAAUGACAAAGGCGACUUACUGUAAACCUCACAUGCAGACCAAAUCUUGUCAAACAGAUGAUAAUUGGAAGACAGAGUAUGUCCCAGUGCCUAUCCCUGUGCCUGUGUAUAUCCCAGUCCCUAUGCACAUGUAUAGCCAGAAUAUUCCUGUCCCCACCACAGUUCCUGUUCCGGUGCCAGUUCCUGUUUUUCUGCCUGCUCCACUGGAUAGCAGUGAGAAGAUUCCAGAAGCAGUUGAGGAGCUAAAAACCCGAAUUUCUUCAGAUCCUCUUGAUUCAGAGUUGCUUACAAUGACGGAUAUGAUGACAGAACAUGAAGGGAAGACCGAAGCUGCCAGCAUCAAUAGUGUAAUUAUUGAUACAGAUAUAAUUGGUUCGGAUCUGUUGAAGAAUUCUGACUCAGAGACACAGUCCAGCAUGCCUGAUGUACCAUAUGAGCCAGAUUUGGAUAUUGAAAUAGAUUUUCCCAGAGCUGCUGAGGAGCUUGAUAUGGAAAAUGAGUUUUUAUUACCCCCUGUUUUUGGAGAAGAAUAUGAGGAACAACCUAGACCUCGAUCUAAAAAAAAGGGAGCCAAGAGAAAAGCUGUAUCAGGAUACCAGUCUCAUGAUGAUAGCUCUGACAAUUCAGAGUGCAGCUUCCCUUUCAAGUACACAUAUGGUGUAAAUGCAUGGAAACACUGGGUCAAAACUAGGCAACUUGAUGAAGAUCUGCUAGUAUUAGAUGAGCUGAAAUCUCCAAAAUCAGUAAAGUUAAAAGAGGACUUGCUUUCUCACACAACAGCUGAGCUUAACUAUGGGCUGGCCCAUUUUGUCAAUGAAAUUCGACGUCCAAAUGGAGAAAAUUAUGCACCUGACAGCAUCUAUUAUCUUUGCCUUGGAAUACAAGAGUACUUGUGUGGUAGUAAUCGAAAAGACAACAUAUUUAUUGAUCCAGGGUACCAUACAUUUGAACAAGAAUUGAAUAAAAUACUCCGAAGUUGGCAACCCAGCAUACUUCCAGAUGGGUCAAUAUUCUCACGAGUUGAAGAAGAUUAUCUCUGGAGGAUAAAACAGUUAGGUUCACACUCUCCAGUAGCUCUUCUGAAUACCCUGUUCUACUUUAACACUAAGUAUUUUGGGCUGAAAACAGUGGAACAACACUUAAGACUUUCCUUUGGCACCGUGUUCAGGCACUGGAAAAAAAAUCCUCUAACAAUGGAAAACAAAGCGUGUCUUCGAUACCAAGUGUCUUCCUUAUGUGGAACAGAUAAUGAAGAUAAAAUUACUACUGGAAAAAGAAAACAUGAAGAUGAUGAGCCAGUGUUUGAACAAAUUGAGAACACAGCCAAUCCUUCUCGAUGUCCUGUGAAAAUGUUUGAAUGCUAUUUGUCUAAAAGUCCACAGAAUCUUAAUCAAAGAAUGGAUGUUUUUUAUUUGCAACCAGAAUGCUCUAGUUCUUCAGAUAGUCCUGUCUGGUACACUUCUACUUCACUGGACCGAAACACCUUGGAAAAUAUGCUUGUACGGGUUCUUUUAGUCAAAGAUAUUUAUGAUAAAGACAAUUAUGAACUGGAUGAAGACACAGACUAAAACGGAACAUUUCAGAAGCAAUCGGGAUAAACAGCAUUAGAUAGUCAUGCUGCUAGAUCUUUGUUAUGGAAAACAUUUCAAGUUUACUCCUUCUGUUUUGAGUUUUGUAGCAGUGUACCCACACUGGGUAUUACCAUGUAAAUAAUCUGUGAGUGAAAGUUGCCAUUAUUCUAUGUAGUGGUUUUAGGAUACUUAACAAAUACAUUCAAAUUCUUUUUUUUAUUAUUAUUUAUUUGACUAGGUAUGUUUGUAACUUUUUACAUUACAAAAUAUGAAUGAGAAUGUGCCAUGUAUAAUUUUUUUUCUUGUAGUAAGGAACAUCCAUAUUUCACAACUCUACUGUUGCAGAUCCUCCUCAGGAGGGAGCUCUUUGACUGGGGCCUUGGCAGGUUGUGGGUGGGUAGCACUACUAAAAGCUUAGAUCUUGCAGUGUCUUUCAGAAUUUUUUAAAUAAACUGUAAACUAAUAGGCUGGUUUUUUCUUUUUCUUUCUUUAUUCUUUUUUUUGUUUUGUUUUGAAUUGGGGAAGUUUUGUUUUGCUUUGUUUUAGUUACUGAAGCCUUACAAGGUUAUGUAGAAAGGUACCAUCUUCUGUACCAAAAAUAGACAAGAGAAUGCUGUCAAUAUUGGUGUACUGUAAUGUGAACCUAUACUGGUGAAAACGACUUUCUGUUCCCUUUAUUAAAACGUUAGUGUCCUUUUCUCAUUUUGUGGCUCUCUGCAUCACCCCAAGCAAUUAAAUGCACAUAUGGGUGUGUAUAUAUAUGUGUGUGUGUGUGUGCGUGUGCAUAUAUAUAUAUAUAUAUAUGCACACGCACACACACAUAUGUGCAUAUAUAUAUACACACCCCUAUUAUAAAGAAUGACUACAAGCUGAAAACAUGAUCCAGGCAUUUUCUUUGUAAAAAUGUCUGAUGAAAAUAUCAACAUCUGUUUUCUGUGCCAGUCAUUAAGAAUCCAAAUUUUUCUUCCUCUCCCCCUGAAGACUAUAGAUCAUGUUGUAAUGCCCAUGUAGUAUUUUAAAACUCCACUAGAUUUUAUUAGCGUUCUUGUGCCUGCCCUCAGUCAUGACUGUCUAUGUUGGAGAAGAUUAUUUUUAGAAAUGCCACUCCUGAAAUAGUUGAUACAGAAUCUCAAGUUCGUUUCAAUAAGAUAGUGUCACAUUCUACCAUGGAUUGCCACUGUAGUGAUUCUGAUGUUUCAAUUGACUGAAGAACAGAGAAAUGGAUGGAUAAAAUAUAUCUCAAAAGAAAUCACAUUUGCUGUUAGAUUGUUUGGCUUUUAAAUUUUAAUUACUUCUUAUAGAAGAUUGCAUUAAAAAACCUUUGUGCUUCUGCAUAACAAUUUAUCCAGUCAGAUCUUUUCUUUUAGAAUAAGGAUGUUUAGUUAAAAUUCUUUCUGAAAUUGAACCAAACAUUUCCCCUAGAUGGUUCUUUCUUCCAUAGGAUCAUUGUUAGCAUUCAGAAAAAUUUCUCUUCUCAUCAUGAUUUGAAAAUUUUCACAACUGUAAUCACUGUAUAUUUAAGCAAUAAUUAUCAGAAAUAUUUUGGCAUAAAAUUACUUUAUAAUGUUGUUUUGUAAAUUUGACUGACAUUUCUAUCCCUUAAUUUUAUAUUUGUUGAUUGAUAAUUAGAAUGAUAGUCUGGUAUUACUUUACUAAAAUAGAUUGCUCAUUGUCUAUUUAAUGAAAAAGAAAAUGAGUAACAUUUAAGAUAUACAAUACAGAAUUUUCCUGAUGCUUACCUUUUCCCAGAACUACUUCUUUAAGCACUGUUCCUAUAAAUUCAUAUUAUUGAUUAAAAGGUGGUUAACCUUAAUCAUCUUUUAUUCUUCUUAGUGGUGCUAUAUUCCAUCAAGAGCAAUAAAGAUUUUCCCAAAUGUCA